AUGACAAAGGGGGGUCUGAAUUCAGCCAUGGACCUUAGUCACUUGUUAAGCGAUGAGGCUAAGAGGAGGAAGCCAUCUCCAAUCAAAACUACGAUGAGUUAUUUCGAGGAUCCAGAAAUAAUAUUUUUGGGAGCUGGUAUGCCUCCAGCGGAGUUGUUCCCGUUGAAGUCUUUGUCGAUCGAAAUUCCUGAGAUGCUGUCUUCAAAGGGUGACGAAGGGUCGGUUACGGGGAAAUUGUGUAAAUUAGCCAAGGAUCAGGAAAACCCGAAAGAUAUACCUCUUGCCAGAGCUCUACAGUACGGGAAUUCUCGAGGACAGCGAGAGUUAGUUAGUUUUCUAAAGGAACACAUAGUAAAAUUCCACCAAAUACCCUAUAGCGACUGGGAUGUUCUAAUUACUGCAGGAUCUACACAGGCUUGGGAUGCAUCUUUGAGGCUUUUCUGUAAUCCCGGGGAUUCGGUUCUUUUGGAAUCGUGGACUUAUUCCUCUUCGGUGGAGGCUGCAGAGGCACAGGGCAUGUAUUGUGUAGGCGUUGAAAUAGAUGGCCACGGGGUUGUGCCUGAGAAGCUUGAGUGGUUACUACAGAAUUGGGAUGAUUUGCAUCCUGGUCGUAGUCUCCCGAAGUUGCUUUAUGUGAUUCCGACUGGCCAAAAUCCGAUGGGAGUGACAUUGGCAGACGAAAGAAAACCUUUGAUCUAUAAUAUAAUCCAAAAAUACGAUAUGGUGCUUAUCGAAGACGAUCCGUAUUAUUUCCUUCAGAUGGAUCCGUACAAGCCGAAAGCUGAACGGUCUGCUAGCAGUCUUGAAGAAUCCACGAACUACUGGAUGGAUCACCAUGAGGAAUUUGCAAAAUCCUUGACGAGGUCCUUCUUGGAGUGGGAUGUUGAAGGUAGAGUUUUGAGACUAGAGUCUACUUCUAAGACUAUAGCUCCAGGGUGCCGUAUAGGAUGGAUAGUAGCUCCGAAACCUUUGCUCGACCAGUACUGGAAUUUGCAAGAGGUUUCAAUUCAAGCUUCGUGUGGAUUUGUGCAGGCAAUUUUCUGUGGAAUUUUGAACCGCUGGGGCCAAGAGGGUUAUAUAGCAUGGUUAAUUACCCUAAGAUAUCAAUAUACAAUAAAGAGAAACCAUUGCUUAGACUGUUGUCUUGAAUACUUACCCUUGGACUUUGUCCGAUUAAUCCCCCCAUUAGCCGGUAUGUUCUUUAUGGUUUCAUUUGACGCUAGUCGUCACCCAGACUUUGAAUCUAGUUUUGGGAAAGAUCCCCAAAAGGUUGAAGCCCAUAUAUAUGGGAAGUUGGUAAAAAAUGGUGUGCUUCUAGCUUGCGGAUCUUGGUUUAAAGUGAAUCCGAGCUCCAAUAAGAAUACUACAAUUUCCUUCAGAGGCACUUUUGCAGCCGUGGAUUUACUGAAUAUGGAAAACGGUAUCAAAUUACUAGGUAGCACUCUUAGAAAGGAAUUUGCAUUGUAA